AUGGACUCACGGGUGACACUUAAAGCAUUGCCUGGAGACGUGGUUGAAAUGCUUAAGCCAAAGCAGCGUAACAGUUUCAUGAAUCAAGUGUCUAUUCUGCGAAAGAGCAGAAUGAUCCAGAAUAAGCUAUACCGCGAAAUCCGUCGAGACCCCCACCUGCUGGCAGCGCUGACGCACGAAGACAUCGAGGCAGUGGUCGGAUUAUUUGCAUCGUAUUUCCCACACGCAAAUGAUCAGCAGAGUAAAAUGGCAGCAGAGAUAUUGUACGAUUUGAGCAUUCACAAACCGGCACAGUUCAGUGGUCAGGAUGCGGAGAUGCUCGUUUGUUUUUAUGCGGCGUAUGGCGAGACGACGCAAGCGGAAAAGACGAUGCAAGGGUUGAUUUAUAGAAAGCAAGUGCCUUCACAGCGGGCUUAUGAGGCACUUGUUCACUGUCUGGCUGUCAAGGGUGAUAUGGAAGGUGUUGCGGCGUGGCUGAAAAAUAUGCAAGCAAACGGGUUGGCACCAACGCAGAUGGCGGUGCGUGCGAUCGUGGAUGGUUGGCUGCGAUUGGGAAACGAGGACAAGGCUCUGGAGACGCUAAAGACGCUUGGCAAGGAUUCAAUUGAUGUGGUGCGCAAUGCCAUUGAGCAAGGACAGGAUGAUCGGGCAAUCCUCAAUGUCGGAUUGAAGUUGUUUGGACACGGAGCGAUUAAUGCCUGGCUGUUGGAGGACGCACGGCGGUUUUAUCAGUAUUUAAGGGAACGAGGGUUGCCUACACAAAUGUUGGUGCGGCAUCUUGUGGACAAAUCGCUACAAACAUUCCAGCUAGCACAUGCGUACAAGCUAUUAGAAGACGCGCGAGCAUGUCGGGAUAAAAAUGGGACACAAUUAAUAGGGCAUAAGCUGCUGAAGUACUACCUGACACGAAGCAAUAUGACACACGCGUUUCGGCUAUGGUCUCAGCUAUCCACUGUGAUCGAGCCAAAUCUGUGCGUUGAACUGUAUAUGGCGCUAGCAAAAACGAACCGACACGAGCAACUUAUGCGGCUAUACCGCGCCAUCAAGAAACGAUACCCUGAGCACAUCUCUAUAGAGUUGUACAAUGCAGGUUUAGCGACAUUUGUGCGCACGAAGAGUUACACUUAUGCAUUCAAGCUCUACCACGACAUGAAAAACUCCAAGAUAUCUCCACAAGACAUGCCCAGCGGGACGUUUUACAGCCUCUAUGGGUUGUGUGCACAGACAGGUCGUACGCAGAUGUUUCGCGAAGUGUUGGAGACCGCUGCUGAGGCUGGCAUGGAGAUGGAUAACAAAGCACUCAGCUCGUUGAUGGCAUGUUAUAUCAAGGCGGGCGAUAUACCGGCAGCAAAGCAAGUCUUUGAAGCGAUUGCCGAGUCGCACGGUCCGGAUGUGGUCGAUUUCAACCUACUGAUCCGAGCGACGGCCGAGGAGCAAGAAGAAAACGGGGUGGAUUUCAGCAAGAUCCUGAAAAUCUUACAGCAUAUGGGCAAAGUGCAAGUCGAGCCCGACGCAUCCACGUAUCGCACCUUGCUGGAUAUUUAUCGCGAAGGGCAAAUCGAGCGCCAGCUCUUUGACCGCUUACUGCCGGACACGAACGCACGCAAGCUGGACGAGGUGUUUGUGAAUAACAUUGCUCUGACCCGCGAAUGCGAACGUCACGGUGUCGAUGUUGCAGCGGCCAAGUUCAUGAACAAUGACCGCGCGGCCUUGUUUCCCGGUACUCCGCAUGUGCCUAUUCUCGCAGACAGCAUGACAUACAAGCUGUUGCUGGAUGCUUCGGCCGGUCGACCCAAACACAUGCAUGUGGCGAAUCGACUGUAUGAAAAGAUGCGGAAGAAAGGUUGGAUGCCGUACCGGGGUGUCUACGAGCGCAUGAUUCUGGGAUGGGCGCGCAAGGGCCGUAUCCAACGUGCACGGAAAUUGAUGCGAGAGAUGGAAGAGGAUUUAAAUGUUGAGGCCGAUCUGCGGAUAUACACCAUGUUGGUGGACGGAUUGCUGCUCCAGAACAAGUCCCACGCGGCGAUAGAAGUGAUUGGAGAAAUGCAGACACUAGGUCUUGAAGCGGAUCUGGCGUUGCUAGACCGAGUGGAGCGGUUUGAACAAGACAAUUACAAUAAGGCACUCGCUCCUGCUUAA